AGUGGAACUGAUAAAUAUCUUCUUGAAUAACAAAAGCUGGAGGCUGACUUUGGCUUUGGCCCGUGUUCUAGCGUCAAGCAUAAUUUGAGGUCCUUUGCUCCUGGUCACUGUGGUUGUAUGAGUGUCAACAUAACUUCUCUGAGCCUUGUUUUUCCAUCAGUUAUGUGGAUAUGAGACCACCUGCCAUCAGAGGGUUGUGGUGAGGCUCAGUCAAGGCAAUAGACAUAAAAAAGUACUUCGUAAACUGUACAGAGAUCCUCAGAUAUCAGGCACGGGUUGAGGGCACCACGUGAAGAAGUAGCAAGUGGAAGCGGUCUCGUGCAGAAAACAGAAACUGCCGCCAUGACCACCCACGUCACCCUGGAAGAUGCCCUGUCCAACGUGGACCUGCUGGAAGAGCUGCCCCUCCCUGACCAGCAGCCAUGCAUCGAACCCCCGCCUUCCUCCAUCAUGUACCAGGCUAACUUUGACACAAACUUCGAGGACAGGAAUGCGUUUGUCACAGGCAUUGCAAGGUACAUUGAGCAGGCUACAGUCCACUCCAGCAUGAAUGAAAUGCUGGAGGAAGGGCACGAGUAUGCGGUCAUGCUAUACACCUGGCGCAGCUGUUCCCGGGCCAUCCCCCAGGUGAAAUGCAACGAGCAGCCCAACCGAGUGGAGAUCUAUGAGAAGACAGUGGAGGUGCUGGAGCCGGAGGUCACUAAGCUCAUGAAGUUCAUGUACUUUCAGCGCAAGGCCAUCGAACGCUUCUGCAGUGAGGUGAAACGGCUGUGCCACGCUGAGCGGAGGAAAGACUUUGUCUCCGAGGCCUACCUCCUGACCCUGGGCAAGUUCAUCAACAUGUUUGCAGUCUUGGACGAGCUGAAGAAUAUGAAGUGCAGCGUCAAGAACGAUCACUCUGCCUACAAGAGGGCGGCGCAGUUCCUGCGGAAGAUGGCGGACCCCCAGUCUAUCCAGGAGUCACAGAACCUGUCCAUGUUCCUGGCCAAUCACAACAGGAUCACCCAGUGUCUCCACCAGCAACUGGAAGUGAUCCCAGGCUAUGAGGAGCUGCUGGCCGACAUUGUCAACAUCUGUGUGGAUUACUACGAGAACAAGAUGUAUCUGACCCCCAGUGAGAAGCACAUGCUCCUCAAGGUCAUGGGUUUUGGUCUCUACCUGAUGGAUGGAAACGUCAGUAACAUUUACAAACUGGAUGCCAAGAAGAGGAUCAACCUCAGCAAAAUCGAUAAGUUCUUUAAGCAGCUGCAGGUGGUGCCCCUUUUCGGCGACAUGCAGAUAGAGCUGGCCAGAUACAUUAAGACCAGUGCUCACUAUGAAGAGAACAAGUCCAAGUGGACGUGCACCCAGAGCAGCAUCAGCCCCCAGUACAAUAUCUGUGAGCAGAUGGUUCAGAUCCGGGAUGACCACAUCCGCUUUAUCUCCGAACUCGCUCGCUACAGCAACAGUGAGGUGGUGACGGGCUCUGGGCUGGACAGCCAGAAGUCGGACGAGGAGUACCGCGAACUCUUUGACCUGGCCCUGCGGGGCCUGCAGCUCUUGUCCAAGUGGAGCGCCCACGUCAUGGAGGUGUACUCCUGGAAGCUCGUUCACCCCACGGACAAGUUCUGCAACAAGGACUGCCCGGGCACGGCCGAGGAGUAUGAGCGAGCCACCCGCUACAACUACACCAGUGAGGAGAAGUUUGCCUUCGUCGAGGUGAUCGCCAUGAUCAAAGGCCUACAGGUGCUCAUGGGCAGGAUGGAGAGCGUCUUCAACCAGGCCAUCAGGAACACCAUCUACGCAGCCCUGCAGGACUUUGCCCAGGUGACCCUGCGUGAACCCCUCAGGCAGGCAGUGCGGAAGAAGAAGAAUGUCCUCAUCAGUGUCCUACAGGCAAUUCGGAAAACCAUCUGUGACUGGGAGGGAGGCCGAGAGCCCCCCAAUGACCCGUGCUUGAGAGGGGAGAAGGACCCCAAAGGUGGAUUUGAUAUCAAGGUGCCCCGGCGCGCCGUGGGACCCUCCAGCACACAGCUGUACAUGGUGCGGACCAUGCUUGAAUCGCUCAUCGCAGACAAAAGUGGCUCCAAGAAGACUCUGCGGAGCAGCCUGGAUGGACCCAUCGUCCUCGCCAUAGAGGACUUCCACAAGCAGUCCUUCUUCUUCACCCACCUGCUCAACAUCAGUGAAGCCCUGCAGCAGUGUUGCGACCUCUCCCAGCUCUGGUUCCGAGAAUUCUUCCUGGAGUUAACCAUGGGCCGGCGAAUCCAGUUCCCUAUUGAGAUGUCCAUGCCCUGGAUUCUAACAGACCAUAUCCUGGAAACCAAAGAACCUUCUAUGAUGGAAUACGUCCUCUACCCUUUGGAUCUGUACAACGACAGCGCCUACUAUGCUCUGACUAAGUUUAAAAAGCAGUUCCUGUACGAUGAGAUCGAAGCUGAGGUGAACCUGUGUUUUGAUCAGUUUGUCUACAAGCUGGCGGACCAGAUCUUUGCUUACUACAAAGCAAUGGCUGGCAGUGUCCUGUUGGAUAAACGUUUUAGGGCUGAAUGUAAGAACUAUGGAGUCAUCAUUCCAUACCCACCAUCCAACCGCUACGAAACGCUGUUGAAGCAGAGACACGUCCAGCUGUUGGGUAGAUCAAUUGACUUGAACAGACUCAUUACCCAGCGCAUCUCUGCCGCCAUGUAUAAAUCCUUGGACCAGGCCAUCAGCCGCUUUGAGAGUGAGGACCUGACCUCCAUCGUGGAGCUGGAGUGGCUGCUGGAGAUCAAUCGGCUCACACACCGGCUGCUGUGUAAGCACAUGACCCUGGACAGCUUCGAUGCCAUGUUCCGGGAGGCCAAUCACAACGUGUCUGCCCCCUACGGCCGCAUCACCCUGCACGUCUUCUGGGAGCUGAACUUCGACUUCCUCCCCAACUACUGCUACAAUGGGUCCACCAACCGUUUUGUCCGAACUGCCAUUCCUUUCACCCAAGAACCGCAAAGAGAUAAACCCGCCAACGUCCAGCCUUAUUACCUCUAUGGGUCCAAGCCUCUCAACAUUGCCUACAGCCACAUCUACAGCUCCUAUAGGAACUUCGUGGGACCCCCUCAUUUCAAGACCAUCUGCAGACUCCUGGGUUACCAGGGCAUCGCUGUGGUCAUGGAGGAACUGCUGAAGAUCGUCAAGAGCUUGCUCCAAGGGACCAUUCUCCAAUAUGUGAAAACACUGAUCGAGGUCAUGCCCAAGAUAUGCCGCCUGCCCCGGCAUGAGUACGGCUCCCCAGGGAUCCUGGAAUUCUUCCACCACCAGCUGAAGGACAUCAUCGAGUACGCAGAGCUCAAAACCGACGUGUUCCAGAGUCUGAGGGAGGUGGGAAACGCCAUCCUGUUCUGCCUGCUUAUCGAGCAAGCUCUGUCUCAGGAGGAAGUCUGUGAUUUGCUCCAUGCUGCACCCUUCCAAAACAUCUUGCCUAGAGUCUACAUCAAAGAGGGGGAGCGUUUGGAGGUCCGGAUGAAACGCCUGGAAGCCAAGUAUGCGCCACUUCACCUGGUCCCUCUGAUAGAGCGGCUGGGGACCCCUCAGCAAAUCGCCAUCGCUCGGGAGGGCGACCUCCUGACCAAGGAGCGGCUGUGCUGCGGCCUGUCCAUGUUCGAGGUCAUCCUGACCCGCAUCCGGAGCUACCUGCAGGACCCCAUCUGGCGGGGCCCCCCGCCCACCAACGGCGUCAUGCACGUCGACGAGUGCGUGGAGUUCCACCGGCUGUGGAGUGCCAUGCAGUUCGUCUACUGCAUCCCCGUGGGGACCAACGAGUUCACAGCUGAGCAGUGUUUUGGAGAUGGCCUGAACUGGGCUGGCUGCUCCAUCAUCGUCCUGCUGGGCCAGCAGCGUCGCUUCGACCUAUUCGACUUCUGUUACCACCUGCUGAAAGUACAGAGGCAGGACGGGAAGGAUGAAAUCAUUAAGAAUGUGCCCCUGAAGAAGAUGGCAGACAGGAUCAGGAAGUACCAGAUCUUGAACAAUGAGGUUUUUGCCAUCCUGAAUAAGUACAUGAAGUCCGUGGAGACGGACAGUUCCACCGUGGAGCAUGUGCGCUGCUUCCAACCACCCAUCCACCAGUCCCUGGCCACCACCUGCUAGGCGGAAGGUCCUGCAAACCCUCGACCUGGAGGAGAAGCAGGAGAGAGAAAGCCACAACCAGCCUGCAACAGGGUCUGACUGGACAGUGUGUGGGAUGGACCUGGAAGGAAACAAGAACCUCCCCAAACACAUCUGCACCUCCUGAGGGCUGGGCCUGUGCAUGCUCUCCCACAACAUCUCCAUGGUGGUUUCUCCAUAGUGUAAAUGGAAAAAAAAAAAAAGAAAAGAAAAGAAACAGGGCAGUAUAUGCUUUUUUCUUUUUUACUUUUUUUUCCCUCAGCUGUGUUAAGAGCCCUAGUUUUACCCUUUCUCCAUCUCGUGGUCCCCUACAUCUGUGGUUGCUUCCCAAGACCUCCUCCUCAGAUGGAGACCUCCAACCCAAUGCCCACGUGCCACCCCAGAACUGAAGUCUUAGAGAUGGAGAAAAGAGUGUGGUGAUGCCCCAAGAUGUCAGCCUGACCAUGCUUCCACUUCCUAGCAUCUUCACCUCCUCUGGCUCCCCCCCUCCACUUCCCAAGAUGGCAUCUUCUUCUGCUCUGCACGCCAGGGAUUCUACCACCAAGAAUACUCCUGGACCAGGCGCUGAGAGCCAUGGUGAAUGGGAGACGAGGUUCCUGGUAUUGGUACCAUGGUAGAUGGUGUUGUGGUGUUGCCUUUGACCUUCCAUGGACUCCCAAAACCACAUUCUGACUCCCCUCUCAGGGCACUCCUAGAGAGAAUUCAGAAAUGCAUUCACAACUGGAAUGGGUGAGUAGAAUUGGGGUAAGAAGAUGGUCAGAACCGCUAUGUAGAAGCAGUAUUUAAGAACACAGCCAGGGAUUCCAUAGUCCAAGACAGAAAGCUAUUAGACCACCUCAUCAGCUUGAUGGUGAGAGGGUCCUUUAUUCAUUGAGCAAAUGCUUAGUGAGCACCAAGUUGCACAGGGUAAUGGACACUGGGGCUACAGCUUUGAACAGGCCAGGCAUGCACUGCCCACAGCAUUAGCCAGCGACCAAAUUAGGGGCCACUUCUUGGCACAGAAUCUCUCAUCAAGGAAAACUGUCACAAGAAAGAAAAUAUUAAAGGGUUAUUUUAAUAGAAGCCAGAAACAUCUUGGGGUCAAGGAGGUAAGGAAUAUAAAUAAUACUUGUCAACGAGCUUUUAAUACCAAAAUAUACCCCAAAGAGGAAUCCUGUUCUAGUGAAUCAGGACUUUUGUUGUCCUAGAAGCUGAAAGAUUCCGGCGACAUUUUAUCUUUGACUGUCAACUUCCUUGAUGUUCCUUAACUUAGAUUUAGAGGUAUGGCGUAUAUCUCACAGGGACGUGUCUACUUCCGUUUCCCUGACUGAACCAAAAUUCCCUGCAGGAUCUCCUACCAAGCAUGGGGAGACUGUUUAGAAGGACAGAAGCCUUUGGGAAGUGAAUUUCUCAUUGCAGAGCACCUCAUCAUCAAAGGGAAUCUAUGACCCUGAGCUUGUAAGAACAUAUAAAGUGAGACAUUGGAUAUUUCUCCCCCGGCCCAGGAAGGAAAAGAAAGAGAGAAAAUAGAACAGUAAUGAUCUCCUCCCUCAGGGCAGAUGAAUGGAAAUGGUUUCCAUUAACCAGAUGGCCCACUUCAACCCCAUGGCAAGAGCAAAGAAGUGUCCAUAGCAAGAGAUUUGUGUUACCCACUCAUGCUCACCAGGGAGGAGAGAGGUGGGGCUCGCCAAAGUAUGGUCCAAAGGCCACAUACAUCAGGACCUCCUGAGAUUAGCAUGUUUAAUGCAGAUUCCUGGGCCCCAUCUCACACCCAUUGAUUCUACAGCUCUGGGAGCAGGGUCAAGAAAUCUGCACUUGCCACAAGCUGGAUUGUUCUGUUGCACAUGAGAGUCUGAGGACCACUGCUGUAGAGGCCCCCUGCACUGCUACCCUUGGGCUUCGAGCUCCCUCUGAGCCAUGAAAGAAAAUAUUUGUUGGGAAGGAAAGUGAGUCAGGGUGGAAGCUGUCAGAUCCUCCUGUCUGGAGCUGCCACUUCCUAUUCUGAUUUCUCAUUUUUUUCUUCUUGAUGACCAUAGAUGUAUCCCAAAGGCAAAAGUGAGGCAUUACACGACAUGGGAGAACCACCAGGUAAAACUCACCUUCAAAACCCACAUAAAAUUUCUAAGCUCCAGAGCCUUCCGAGUCUUCAUUCCUGUCUGGGAACAGUAGCUGGCUCACUCUCUCAGAUUAAGUCUGCCUGUUAAGUCCUGGAGAUCAUUCUAAAUCCUUGACCAUUGCUUUGCAGAGAUUUGGAUCACCGGUUGGAUGAGAUUGCUAUUUCCACAGUCUACCCCUCCCACCCUGCAUUCAUAGCCCUGAAUUUGACCCUCUGGGUAGAAUCCUAUUAUCCUCAAGAGGUUUGAUCCCAGUAAAUUGAGGUCUUCACCUUUAGGAGAGACGUUUCAUUUCCCUGGCUCACCAGCAGCAUUGAUUUACGAACACCGAAAGGGUUUAAUAAUUCUUUCCUUCCUGGUGUUACUGCCCACCCCCACUUUUGAUUUUUUGUGUAUCUAAGAACCAGGAAAAAUAAAAACUUAGGUUUUAAAAGGUUAAAAAAAAUUCUGUUUCAGAAACUGUCAAAUGUACCAUAUUUGUAUUAAGAGUUGUUGGGGAUUUUUGUACAAUGAAUUUACAUUUAUUUAUGGUGACUUAUAUUUACGCUUGUGAUCACAUAAUGAUGGUAAAUUCUUAAAUCAUAUUUGCUAUGCAGCUGAAGAUGAUAUUUUGCUUUGUAUUUUGGGGUACCUGUGUUCAGUUGAUAAACAUUUCCAUCUCCAUUAAAACUGCUUCCAAACUAGUGAAA